AAGUCAAGUCUCUGCCCCCAAACUCAAAAUCUUUUCCAUCACACGCUGCCGUGAGACCAACAAGUACCAAACACCAUAUGACAUCGCACUACCUCUAGCGGCACGGUGACACGACGCGUCCCGGUAGCAGUAGUUCACGUAGCAGAGGUCCAGACCGGGCAGGGCAGCAUCUCUCGUUCUACGUCAAGAAUGCGGGGGUGGAGACCGGGCGGGGGGAUCAUCAUGACAGGGACACAACAUGUCGAACUGGUCGAUCAUCAGAUCGGGGAUUUAAUUUGUUGACGAGUAGCGACAGAUAUAUUGAGGCAAGUGAAGCUGUUGGCAGCUUUGCCCUUUCCGCCCUUCCCAUCGAUACGAGCGGCGGGGAGAUUUUGGCGUUACCGUCUUAUGUAUGUAGCCGUUGUCAGGCUGACUUGAGUUUUGGGUUUGGGUUGUUGACCAUGUUUUUCGUGAUAUUUACCCCUUGAACUUGCUUCAAUGGUGGUUGGGUGCAUCGCAGCUUCCUCUUCUUAGGCCCUGAUCCGUGCAAGUUCUUUCCUCGUUUACUUUUUCUUCCCAGUCGCUUUCCCCCAAAGUCAGAUGCACUGCAGUCUUUUAAACUUUCCGUUAACAAAGCUUUGCUUCAUGCCCAUAUCACAACCGUCAAGACAUGUAUCUUACCUGCACUCUUGACAGACACUCUAGAUACCUACAUAUCGUAUUUUACCGGGUCCAGACACACAUCCGCGCGCGCAAACCGUAACAGCCGCUUACACGCAGCCGCCAUCCACAAAACGCGGGCGACCAACAGCCGCGCUUCUCUUCUUACCUCGCUUACCCCUUCCUUGUAAUGCCUCCCCCGGGCCCCCCACGGUUUUGCACCCAUGAAGACUCCUUCCCUACUUGCAAUCACUGAAGAAAUCUUAUCCCAUCCACAUGACCCCGAAAGGAUUUUAUCCCCCCUCCUCAGAAUUUAGAAGGCGGGACGGAGCCGAAGACGGGGAACGGAAGGUACGGGCGGAGUCACCCGUACGCGCGGAGUACUACGGAACGGAGAGCUCCUCCUACCUGCCCGCGGGUCAUUUUCGACAGAUUCCUUUUUUUUCGGGUCGGCCAUCACUCAAUGUUACAAACACCGAAUACCGAGGAUCAAAAGGUUUGUAAUCGUAAUGUGGAUGACAUGGGCGAAGAUAUGGGGAAAUAUGAGGGGGGUUUAAAUAAAGGGACGCAUGGUAAUUUAUCCCACGUGUUUUGGGUGGGACGAUUUGCGGAGAGUCGGAGGGGGAGGGAGGGGAGGAGGGGUUAUAUAAUUCGGAUAGAUGGGAGCCUCGUCAUUUGAGUUUUUAGUUGAUACUCGAGCUGCGCUGACCGAAGUUGGAAAUGCGGUGCUUUUUUUCCUUGUCUUCUCUUGUCUUCAAAUCUGUGUUGUUUCGUUUCAGCCCGGCAAGUGAAGCUGAAGGGUUCAAGUCAUUCCGCAAAACCUUCAGUUCAGCCUCGGAUCAUGUCCUUGUGUGGAAAAGAAACGAAAGACGGGCCAAAAACCAAGGACGUAUUUUCGUCCUCGACAUGGCAGUUUUCGAACACGAAGACACACACCACCACGGUUACCAAACCAAAUAUCGAAAAUCCAAAAGCUGAAGCAAAAGAAAGCGAUUUUGAUGUAAAAAGAGGUGUGGUUGCAAAUCUUCCUCCCCAACAAGGGUGCUUUACUGGCCUCAACCGGCCCUGGUAUUACUAGUCCCCGUACAAAAAGCGUGGAGCGUGGGGGAAGAUGUCACACCUAAACACCACGUCCAAUCCAGUAGAUAGGGUAGUUGGCGUUUAUGUCGUGCUGUGUGCAUUUAAACGCCAGUUACGCCUUGAACCGACAGAUGCACAUACUCACGAGGUGCGCCAGCUGUUGCGAGUAUUCGGUGGGCGUGUGUUGGCGAGUACGUGUGCCGUUAGUAACUGUACUUAGUUGCGCGGGGGUUUGAGGAAACUGCAGUGGGAAGAUGAGAGAAGUGCUGUUACGUCUUCUGUCUACGACUUAGUUGGACUUUGUCUAAUGAUGAGUAAAAAGGAGCCCUUCAAACUGCUUUCCAGCAUGGAUUUUUAGAGUCUGGG